AUGGCGACUGCCACCAUGACCGAGGCCAUCCCCAAGGGCAGACGGCUCCCCAAAAAUGUCAAGCUGCCGCCGGAGAACGAGCGCUACAUGCGCGCCUGCGCAGACAUUGCCAGUGCGCUCAUCCAGGACUAUGAGGCCUCGCUGGAUGGCUCCAAGCCCAAGAAAGACAUCAACCUCAAUGCGCUUCGCGGCCAGAUGGCCAAAAAGCACUACCUGAGCACCCAGCCGCCACUCACUGCCAUCAUCGCCGCCGUACCAGAGCACUACAAAAAAUAUAUUCUACCAAAAUUAAUAGCAAAGCCGAUCCGCACGUCGUCCGGCAUCGCCGUGGUGGCGGUUAUGUGCAAGCCCCACCGCUGCCCUCAUAUUUCCUACACCGGCAACAUUUGCGUCUACUGCCCGGGCGGGCCUGAUUCCGACUUCGAAUACUCGACCCAAUCAUACACCGGCUAUGAGCCUACUUCGAUGCGCGCCAUCCGCGCUCGGUACGAUCCGUACGAGCAGGCGCGUGGCCGAGUCGACCAGAUCAAGGCGUUGGGGCACAGCGUGGACAAAGUCGAGUACAUCAUCAUGGGAGGAACCUUCAUGUCAUUGCCCGAGAGUUACCGCGACGAGUUCAUCUCCCAGCUGCACAAUGCACUGAGCGGGUACCAGACCACCAACGUAGACGAGGCAGUCAUGGCGGGCGAGAUGAGCAACGUCAAGUGCGUGGGCAUCACAAUCGAGACCAGGCCAGACUACUGCUUGGACCAACACCUGAGCGCCAUGCUGCGGUACGGAUGCACGCGCCUGGAGGUCGGCGUGCAGAGCUUAUACGAGGACGUCGCGCGCGACACCAACCGCGGCCACACGGUCGCCGCCGUUGCGGAGACAUUCAAGCUGGCCAAGGACGCCGGCUUCAAGGUCGUCUCGCACAUGAUGCCGGACCUGCCCAACGUCGGCAUGGAGCGCGAUCUCGACCAGUUCCGCGAGUACUUCGAGAACCCAGCGUUCCGCACCGACGGCCUGAAGAUCUACCCCACGCUCGUCAUCCGCGGCACCGGUCUGUACGAGCUGUGGCGGACGGGCCGCUACAAGAACUACACCCCCAACGCGCUGAUCGACCUCGUGGCCCGCAUCCUCGCCCUCGUCCCGCCGUGGACCCGCAUCUACCGCGUCCAGCGCGACAUCCCCAUGCCGCUCGUCACCGCCGGCGUCGAGAACGGCAACCUGCGCGAGCUGGCCCUCGCGCGCAUGAAGGACUUCGGCACCAGCUGCCGCGACGUGCGCACCCGCGAGGUCGGCAUCAACGAGGUGAAGAACAAGAUCCGGCCGAGCCAGGUCGAGCUCGUGCGCAGAGACUACGUCGCCAACGGCGGCUGGGAGACGUUCCUGGCCUACGAGGACCCGAAGCAGGACAUCCUGAUCGGCUUGCUGCGUCUGAGGAAGCUCAGCAAGACGCACAACUUCCGCCCCGAGCUGACGGGUCAGCCGACGAGCAUGGUGCGCGAACUUCACGUUUACGGCACGGCGGUGCCGAUGCACGGUCGUGAUCCCAAGAAGUUCCAGCACCAGGGCUUCGGUACUCUGCUGAUGGAGGAGGCGGAGAGGAUUGCGAGGGAGGAGCACGGGAGUAAGAAGAUCAGCGUUAUCUCCGGUGUGGGUGUGCGGGAUUACUAUCGGAAGCUUGGGUACUGGCUGGACAACGGCAUUUACAUGUCCAAGUGGCUCGAUCAGGAUAAGGAUGAGGAUAGUAGUGACGAAGAGUGA